AUGAGUGACCCAGAAACUUCGAAACCGUCCGAGACAGUAACCUCAUCAACACAGCCGUCUCCGCAAAACUCCACGAAUAACAAAAGUUGGGUAAAAUUCGAUGAAGAACAGGGAAACGAUAAUAAUCGAGAACCCGAUACUCCUGCUGUAAUAAAUACUGAAAGUGUACAAGUGAAUAUAGAAAGAAGUCUCAGUAGGUCUGCUGAAGGUAAUAACGUACCAGUAGCUGAUCCUAAACCAUUUAGAAAUGUAGAGUUAUCAGUUACUAACGUGGAACCAGUCCGACAAGGAUUUUCAAAUGGUGAUAUUAUAGUGACACUUUUACCCGUUAAUACCAAACUUCCGUGGAUAACACCAGCACAAUUCCGUCCAGAACUAGUGCCCGAAGAACUUAUGGCACAAGGUUUAACGCUGACAGUGGAAGAAUACGUCCAGGCUUUGGAAUUAUUGGUAAACGAUGUUAGGUUUUCUUUAUACAACGUUUGUUAUAAAAGAGUUCUCGUCCUUUGGAUAACAAUAGCUUUUAUCGUACUAUUAGGUCUGCUUUUUUCGGGUUUGCAAGGACUCGCGCUUUUCGGAUUAGGAAUAGGAUGGUUGAUUUUGAACGCUCUGGCUAUUUUUCUAUCGAUGUAUUUGAAGUAUAAGUUACAGAGGAAUCUCGAAAAAUGUUUGGCGAACGUGAAUAAACAGUUACUAAGACAUAAGAUUGUUUUGGCGUUAGAUGACAGGGGUAAAAUAAGUUGCCACAAAGUGACGAUUUGUUUUAUCUACUUGGACUCUGCACCUUGCAUAGCCAAUCUACAAAGUUCAAUAGACCAAAUCGAAAGAGACCACACGGGAGGAUGGGAACAAAGGAUGGACAUAAGCGCGCAGGAUAUCAUUAUUCAAGGUAGUAGGACAACGAGAUUGUCCAGAAAACAGGAAAGAGCAACUUUAUUAUAUUUACGUUAUAUAGCUAGAUGGGGCAGUCAUAGGGCUAGGGGUGUUCUAAACACUCCUCCGUCCACCGGGGGACGUCACUGCUCUUUAGUUAUGUGCCCAUGUCAAUACAUCCAAGAACAUCUAUUCUGUAAACCACCAGAUCACUAUCCAUGUCGUUUUUGUAUUUAUCCAGCUGAUAGAAGUGACCGGUCAGAUCCUUACCUCAUGCAAGGCCCCAUCUUUACUUAAUUCUAUUAUUUUUUAUAGACCAAAGUAUAGUUAUUCGUCCAUAUUUUAUUAAAAACGUAAAAUUUCUUUGUGACACCUCAUAUAAAACAUUUCACUUCUCAAAAUUUACGCACCAAUUUUUUGAGGUUAAGUUUAAUUUGGCCGCCUUUGGAUUCAAUAUGGAUACAAAAAUAAACGACGAAUUUCUCCUCUAGAAACACUACUUCAGAUUAUUUGAAAUCAAAAUGAAGUAUGACAAUAGGGUCCUUGCAUAUUUUUUUUUAAUUUUUUUUAAACGGUAUAUUAGUUCAUAAGAAAAAUAAAUAAAUUUAAAUACCUACAUGACGCGCCAAAACGCACUUGCUGUCACAUGAUUGAUUGUGACGUUGUGUGACGUAGAAAGUAAGUAAACGGAUAAUUGCAUGUGGACUAGUAAACCUACAAGGACCUUUCAUAAAAUGAAAAAGUGUAGGAAUUAUUAAAGUAGAUGUUUCCUUUUUUAUAAAUGUGGUUUUGUUUAACAUUAGCUUAUUUUAUGUGAAAAUAACUUUUUAAAAGAUGUUUUUUCGUUUUAAUUUGUUUUUAUAUGACAUAUUUUUAAAAAUUUCAUUCAUAAUUUAUAGCAAUAAAUAGAAAGUAAUUUCAUUUUGUGAGAAAUACCUAUAAAGCUGAAUUACCUACAAAUAUAUUCGUUAUUUUAUUUAAUACGUAUGAUAGAUACUAAAAAAUGUUUUCAUCAAUAUUAAUAUUAAAUAAAAAUUAGUUGUAUAUUGACAGCUGAAAUAAUUUUAUUCUAAUAGUUAUUUAUUUAAUGUUUUCCGUAACGUUUUAUGUUACAUAACCUUCAAAUCUAUCAUCUUUAUGACUACAUUUUCAUAAAUUAAUGAGUAAGAAGUAAAUAAUUGAUUAUUAGCAAAGAACGUAGCAACCAUGAAUGCAUCUACCUUAGAUUGUCCGAUCUUGCUUCGAUAAAUCCUACAUCGGCCAUCAUUUCAAUUAGAAUAGUCUUUGAAACUCUAACAAAAACACAAAUCGCACUAAACAAUCAAUUACCUUCACUUCCAACAACAGAAUAGCGUUUGAAGGGCUACACGCGGCGACCGCGUUUUAGUAUUUACUUACUUUCUACGUCACAUCCGCAGUAACAUGAUAUAUAAAUUUUUAAAUAUGUUAAAUUUCCAAAUUACUGCAAGGACUCUAUUCGACUUUAGCUUUGAAUUACAUUCGCCUGCGGAUUGCAUUAGGAAUCUACCCUCGGGCUGUUUUUAUUUUGAGAACAACAAAUGAUAAUAAUACAAGGUGUCACAAAGAAAUCCAAGCUACUUAAUAAUAUAGUUUGUUAUAUAAUUCUAAGAAUUUAUUAAUAUAAAUUAGAGUUACUUUUAUUCUACAUGUUAUAAAGAUAUUUUUAAAAUAAAGUUUUACUUUUGUGUACAUUUUAAA